GGUACGCGACCCUCGGCGGGCGAGGGAUGAACGUGUACUGGUGUCAGUGAAUGAGCGCGUCGGCGAUGACUGGGGAAGCCAUCGCCGCCGUCGGGCCGAAGGGCCUCCGGCGGCGGCUGCUUUUGCUGCUGCUGCCUGCGAGGCAGUGGCGGACCCUCCGGGGGUUGGCCGCUUUUCCGGCCGGUUUCCGGCGGCUGCCCCCUAGCUCCUCUGUAGGCCUCGGCUGCCUGUCUCGUGCCUCCCCUCUUCUGUUCCUCUUCCUCCUGCCUUCCCCUCGGCUUGUGGCGGCGACAACCUCGCGCCGUUACCUUGGAGACUGGGUGCGCUCCAACCAGAGGCCCCGCGAGACGUUGGGGAGCCCGAGCCGGAGGCAGACAGAGAAGCCCGCGCCUCCUCCUCGCCUAUUCCCGCCGGCAGCUGCCGCCGCCCCGGGACCGUCCCCUGCGGGCAGAGGUCAGGGCUGCGGUGGCUUGUCGCGACGAUGCUAUUCUUGCCUCGUCCCCCGAGUCGCCGGCUCCCUUCACCCGAGCAGCUUCCUGGUGUUGGCUCCUGGGAGGAGAGAUCUGAAUGUCUCUACUGAGUCACAACCUGAAGAAAAAAAGAUAAUAGAUUAUUCCAUUGCAUUGAAUAAGAAGCUCCUCUUCGAUACCCAUGCUAUAGUGUGUCUUCUGGAGAAAAAGGGGUUUACCAUUCAACAAGCAGAAAUCAUUGUCUCUAUAUUAAUGAAGAUCAUUACUACCAACAUGGAUAUUGUCUACCAGGAUAUGGUCAGCAAGAUGCAGCAGGAGAUCAGUGUACAGCAGAUAAUGUCUAAGAUUGCUGGCGUCAAAAAGGAUAUGAUCAUUUUAGAAAAGAGUGAAUUUUCAGCUCUCAGAGCAGAAAAUGAGAAAUUAAAGCUUGAACUCCAGCAAUUAAAACAGCAAGUAACGGAUGAAAUACUUAAGGUCAAGACAGAUAACAAAUUGGAUUUCAAUCUAGAAAAGAGCAGAGUAAAAGAAUUGAAUUCAGUUAGUGAAAAGAAGCUACUUCAACUUAGAACAGAAGUAUUAGCAUUGCACUCACAACAAGAUCGGACAAUUACUCAAAUAGACAGAAAGAUAGACACUGAAGUUGCUGGCCUGAAAACCAUGCUUGAAUCACACAAGCUUGAUAAUAUUAAAUACUUAGCAGGUUCUGUAUUUACAUGCCUGACUGUAGCUCUGGGAUUUUAUCGUCUGUGGAUUUAAGUGCCUCCUUAAAGAGACCUUUAUUGUCUUGCCUUAAGAAUGUGCGGUUAUUACUUUUUACUUGUUUCAAAUUUUAGCCCUAAUUUUGAUAUUAUUUAUAUUAUUAAUUUUUUAGGCAAAUUAUGAUAUAUAACCAAUUUUAAAGUAUCAGGGAAAUCUAUUUUGUGGCUCUUUACCUUUUUGAUAUCCUUUGACCUCACUGUUAUGUUCUCCCGGAAGAUACCACUGGCAGAAGUACUGAAGGAGCCACUCACCUUGACAAGAGUGAUGUUCCACUUUCAUAUACUUACUCUUUAAAGAAUUUACUUAUUAAGAAGUUAUCUUGGCUUCAUGAGUGACAAAGAAUUAUAGACUAAUUGAUCUAAGACCACAACAUUUUUUCCCCUCUUGACUCAAACUUCUAGCAGCAAGUAUCUAGUGCACUGUACCGGAAUGCUUUUAUCUCCCUGCUUUUUGUCGAACCUGGAUUGAUUGCUCUGUUCACUAAACUAAAUUAUUGUAGUAGUUUCCAUUUGUAAUAUCCAACCAGAAAAAUCAUGUUGUCUGAUAAAAUGUGUUGGAAUUUCUUCUA